AUGACUGCGAUCUCACAGUCCCUGCGUUCAAACUGUGCCCAUCUCCAACAUCACAACAUCUCCUCUACUCGUCUCACCUCCACCUUCCCCUCACUCUUCACCACUAACCAAACCUCCCUCGACCAUUCCCAAAUCCAAACCCCCCAUGACCAUCAAAACCAGACCAAACCCAUCAUCAUCUCCUACGCUCAAACCCGAAAAGACUCCCUCCUCUCCCUCAUCAAAUCAUGCACCCACAAAUCCCAUUUACUCCAAAUCCACGCCCACAUUCUCCAAACCUCUCUCAUUCUCGACUCCUCUAUCUGCUUCCACUUCCUCUCCCUCCUUUCGCUUUCCCCGCCACUCAAAAACUUAACCUACUCCCGCCAUUUCUUAGCCCAAAUCCCCAAACCCAAUGCCAUUCACUACAACACUCUCAUAAGAGCUUACUCCACGAGCGAUUCACCCGAACAGGGUAUUCAUCUCUACCGAGACUUCAGACGGCGAGGGCUUCAUUGCAACUCGCUGUCGUCCUUCUUCGUAAUCCAGUGCUGUGUUAAAAUGCAAUGCUUAUCAGUAGGAAUUCAGGUGCAAACUAGGAUUGUUAGAGAUGGGCAUCAUUCAGAUAGUCGCUUACUCACAGCUCUGAUGAACCUGUACUCGACUUGUGGGGAGUAUCAUGAUGCAUGUAAGGUGUUCGAUGAAAUUCCGCAGAGGGACACUGUUGCUUGGAAUGUGUUGAUUUCUUGCUUUCUGCAUAACAGCCACAGCAGGGACGCUCUGGGUGUGUUUGACGUUAUGCGGAGCGGAAGCUACGGAUGUGAGCCUGAUGAUGUUACUUGUUUACUUACGCUGCAAGCUUGUGCAAACAUGAACGCCUUGGAGUUUGGCGAAAGGGUUCAUAGGUACAUUGAGGAACAUGGUUAUGGUGGCGCUUCUAAUCUGUGUAAUGCUCUUAUUACUAUGUAUUCGCGGUGUGGGUGUUUGGAUAAGGCUUAUGAGGUGUUUAAGGGAAUGCGGGGUAGAAAUGUGGUUUCAUGGAGUGCAAUGAUUUCCGGGCUUGCAGUGAAUGGGUAUGGUAGAGACGCGGUUGAAGCGUUUUGUGAGAUGCAGAGAAUGGGUGUUUUACCUGAUGAACAGACUUUUACUGGUGUGCUUUCUGCUUGCAGUCAUUGUGGGUUGGUUGUUGAAGCAAUGGAUAUUUUUGAGCGCAUGAGUAAAGAGUUUGGAGUAGUGCCUAAUAUCCAUCACUAUGGGUGUAUAGUUGAUCUAUUGGGUCGUGCUGGUCGACUUGAUCAAGCUUAUCAGCUUAUAAUGUCGAUGGAUAUUAAUCCAGAUUCGAAAAUAUGGAGGACCUUACUUGGGGCUUGCAGGAUUCAUAACUAUGAAACCCUUGGGGAACGUGUGGUGGAUCAUUUGAUCGAACUCAAGGCUCAAGAGGCAGGGGACUAUGUUCUGUUGAUGAAUAUUUACUCUACAGCUAAAAACUGGGAGAAGUUAACUGAAUUGAGGAAGUUUAUGAAGGAAAAUGCAAUUCAAACUACACCAGGCUGCAGCACAAUCAUACUGGAUGGAACAGUCCACGAGUUUUUGGUGGAUGAUGUUUCACAUCCAAGGAAGGACGAAAUCUACCGAAUGCUAGAUGAGAUCAAUAGUCAGCUGAAGAUUGCUGGUUAUGUUGCUGAUGUAUCAUCUGAACUUCACAAUUUGGGGGCAGCAGAGAAGGGAUAUGCACUCUCCUAUCACAGCGAGAAACUAGCUAUUGCUUUUGGAGUGCUGGCAACUCCACCUGGCAUGACAAUUAGAGUGGCCAAGAAUCUUCGCACUUGUGUUGAUUGCCACAACUUUGCAAUGAUUCUCUCAGGGGUUUAUAACAGGACGAUAAUUGUUAGAGACCGCAGUCGGUUUCAUCAUUUUCGGGAGGGACGUUGCUCAUGCAAUGGCUAUUGGUAGGAACAUUCAAGAACUACGGCAUGUGAGCAUCACUGUAGAAAUUCAGACAAGUGACACUGUAGAGUAGCAUAGAUGGUAGUGAAAAGCUACAGUGAAAGAUAGAGAUUCAAAAUUUAAGAUUAAUUGGAAGAUAAUGUGGAAGCUAUUGCUAAAAUUCAAAACUGAACACUGCUAAAAUUGCCGAUCGAUUGUACCUUUUUGUAGCCAUUUUUUGGGUCAAAUUGAUACAGUACAGUCGUUUUUGAA